AUGGAAGACGGUUUAGGGCAGUCGCCGACAUCAGCCAUACGCCGCCGCAACUCCAUCACAACCCCAGUACAAAUCCCUACAAAGCUAACUCUACUCAUACCAAAGCCGCUCCAAACCGCCACCAGCCUCUCAAACGGCAGCGCCACCGCUCCUUUGCCUCUUGACCUCGAGCUUAUCUCUCUCAAAGCUUCUUUCGCUUCCUACACUUCACUCAAAGACAUCCUCCCUUCCCCCGCUGUCGCCGUCAACUCUCCGACCGCCGCCGGAUCCGCUACCAGUUCCGGCUUAAGGCAACGACUCCGGAUUGGAACGAUUAAUCGUUUUCAAAUCAGCCCUCAAGUUUGGACCGGACGAGGUCUUAAACGAGGUGAAUCCAGAGCGGAACGAUUGAUCGUUGUUGAAGUUCGAGUCUCACUUCCCCCAGAUUGACUACGGUGACCGUUUGCCGCCGCUGCCGCCGGAACUGGAUUAUCAGGUCUCUGCAAAACAGGUUUGGUUCAAAUAACUUGAAACUUGAAUGCUAAUUGUUUCUCUUUCAAGUUAUAAAAAUCUUCAAGAAUUAUACCUGUGCUUGUUGUUUAAACUUGUUAGAUUGAUUUGCGAUAUAUUGAAGCAUUUCAAAGAA